AUGGAGCCUCUGCCUAUGAAAUAUUCCCCCAAAGAGAUUUCAACCAUAAUUUUAGACUUUUACACAUUUUUGACCACUAUUUAUUUUAACCCUAAAGACCUCAAAACCCCACCACCUGAUGGCUGGCCCGGUUUAGAACCUUUUCUUAAUCAUGUCGCAAGGUCAGAUGAAGUUGGUGAGGUGAUGAAACAAAUCCCUUACUUCGAGGAUCCAGAGUCCCAGUAUUGGGUUCACUACAAGUCUCGACUUAUCAACUACCCAACUUUACCAGAGAAGGAGAUCCCUGAUAUAAUGGACUGGAGAGUAAAUGUCGACAAUGAAUUGUGGUCAAAGCGACGCGAAACACUCAUUGAUCUUCAUGACGUUUUCCCUCUCGCACUUGGCCACGAAACUGGGGGACGACAUCUCUGGUUAAAUGUGAGGGAUGGCGAGAUCACCGAUGAAGAGAACAAGUUUCAACAGAGUGAGCCUGAGGAUAUCAAGGACUACUUUGAUGGGUUGAAACAAGCCUACAGAGACCUCACCCUUAUACCAUGCCCAGGCAAAGUCACUAUCGAGGUGCAGCGUCCUGUCGAUGAGCUACCUGAGGGCAGGAUAAUUACCGAAGAAGAAGUAAUUGCACAACAGGAUGAGUGGGAGACAGAUCUCGAUGUGCAGUACAUCCGACAACUGUAUCGAGGAUUCGGGUGGCCUGACGCUUUCAGGAAAGAGGAAGCUUUCCGUGCAGUCAAUCAAUUGAUGGAAAAGCUUCCAGAACAUCGUUUCUUUUGGGAGGAUGAUGACUACUAG